CCUGCUGCUGGAGGGUCACAGAAGCUGUUUUCCUUGGGAGCAGGAGACAGGCAACUGAUACAAACUCCUUUACAUGAUAGUCUUCCUGUCACAGGGACGAGUGUGGCUCUUCUGUUUCAACAAUUAGGUAUGUCAGUUUUGGGGUUAUUAUUAUUUUUAUAUUUUGCCAUUGUUUCUAAACUGACUGCAUACAUGCAAUAGUAACUUUUGCUGGUUUUGAAUUUCAAAACUCAAGAUGUUGCUUUUUCUGUAUUUUGGAACAUAGUUGUACAUGUCCUAAUGAUAAUUGAAUGUAACCUGGGUGUCUUGCAGCUGUAUCCAGUUUGAUUAGUACUUUACUGCUGUAUUGCUCUGCAUGCGUGCACACACUUGAGACAAAUGAAUCUGAAGCUAGUACAAAUCAAAGUGACUUGAGGAAUUUAUCACACUUAGCAGAAGCGUUUUUUUCAUAUCAUAAUAUUACCAUAGAUCUAAUUUGUGAUAUUUCUUUCUGUACUUUCUUCUUCUUCAGCUGCUUGUUUCUUGGCUGUGCAACCUUUUGUUUUUUAAACUAAAGUUAAGUUUAAAAUAUCACUUUGUAGCUGAGAAAUUAAAUCAAGUAUUAAACAUUUUUUUCAGUUUAAUUCCUAAUGGUGAACAUAUUGAAAUAAACAGGGACAAAUUAGAAACGCAGCACACAGGGAGAGUGAAAUAUUCACAAGGUACCAAGUUUUCAGUGGAAGCAAAUCUAUAAAGCUUGGCUUUGGGAGAGAAGAUACACAACAGAUCCUCUAUGCAAAGAAAGAUACUUGGAUGACAGCUUGUUGAGAAAUGAAGCUAAAUAUUUUUUGUACUUGCAUGGGGCAUAUAUACUGUGCAGUGAGUCAGCUUUUACCCCUUGCUAAGAUGUACUCCCAUCUUCUGGAUGAAAGUUGAGAUAUAGUGUUGCCUUAAGUGGUAGGAAAAUUAUCUUUCUGGGUUCAUAGUGACACGGGACCUGGAGGGUACAUGUGCUUACCUUGUGGUUUUGCCCUGUUCCUUGGACAACAGAAGUACAGCUGUGAUGUGUGAUGUGCCUUCAAGUAGAGCUCCCUGCAGUGUACCAAGAAAGAAGCACUCUCUGGGCACCUUUUUCUCUUUCGUAUCUCCUUGGAAAGUCAUGUGGCAGUUGUAAUAGUACUCAGCAGUUAACUCCCCCAAAACCCUCAAGCUCUUGCUGAAAAAAUAAUCCUUAUGGCAUAUGCACCUGAAAGCCUUCUUUACUCAGUUGGAUGUUUCAGUGCAAAUCUAGAAACAGUAACAAGGGGUGAGUGAAUGUUUACACUAAACAGUGCAUAGGAAACUGCCUUGUAACAAGUCAGACUAUUGCCUCAUCUGCCUCAGUAUUGUGGGCAUCCUCUCCAGGGUUUCAGACAGGAGACUGCCCAGCCCUACCAGCAGACGUCAGGGAUUGAAACAGGGACAAGUGUAUAAUCUGCCACAGAGUCCCUUUCCCAGUAUAUGGCUACUUUUUGCUGAUGACAGUUUCAUUGGUCUGCUAUGUAGUAAAUUAACAGAAAAAUGAGUGUACAGAAGCUGUGAGGUUUCUGAUGAGUUUUUUUUACUCCCAGGAUAAAAAAACUAACAACUCCUACAGCCAUGCAUGUUCUUGGAGUCAUGGCAGAACAGCAUGUUCCAUGAUAUAACUUUUUAUAGUGCAAAGCAGCUGUGGGUUACUUUAGAUUGAGCAGAAGUCUGGCAUUUCCAGCUGUUUGUCUACUCACCCCCUCACCCCUUACAUUGCUCUUUUCCCCAAGGAGUAAAAUAUAUAGAUCUAAAUAUAUUUUCUUCUAGAGGUGAAAAAGCAGCAUGAUCUUGAGCAAACAAAUGUUGGCAAAGAAACAGUUAAAAUGCCCCUUUCCACCUUCACUAGCCCACUGCUGAAUGUGAAUCCACCUGCUGCUUUAUAGUAUAAAAGAAAACCCUUGGACUGGUAAACCAACCACAGAGCUUACACUUAAUGUUCUCAGUCUAAGGUAAAAAGCCAAAAUGAAGCAGGUAUUACAGAAUGUUUUGUUCACUUGUACAAAAAUGUGCUGAGUAACAAGUUUGGGACAUUCACCAACUCAUUUAUGAGUAAUUCUGCUAUAGUUUCAUUGUAGUUUUUGACCCACUUACACAGGAACCAGAACAUUGGCACAAACAUACUUUUUUCCCUAGAGAAAAUUAUAUGGUAAGAAUAUAUCCACAUCUGUUGAAGACUGAAGAAGUUCAUUGUGAUGGCGAAGAAGUUAGCAUAUUAGCUUUUCCAUGGUCAGUGAAAACAUAAAAUUUAGUGUCCACUAAUUUUAAGCAGACCAUUUGCAACAAAAACUAAAUUUAGGAAAGAUGUUUAGCUUACUCUGUCAUAGCCUACUCGUGGUUCUGCUUCUGUUACAGAUUGCUUUCAAAUGUUAAAAUAAACCUUAUGCGGGAAUGAAAGACUGGAAAAUUUUGAAACAAGUUUCUCAGACAGCAUGAAUGCACCCCAAGCCACAGAAAAUUCAUGAAUUCAAAAUGUGCUGAGUCUGUUCUGCGCAGUUCUUACAGAAAAUAAGGUCCUCUUUCAUUCUGCAAGUUUCCAAAGACUGAGCGAUGCCAGUAGAGCACUUGAAUCUUUAAUGUUUCCUCUCAAAUAUAGUUACCCAUACAUUCCAAUUCUCCCUGCGCAGCUGCUUGAAGUUCUCAGCUCACCCACACCCUUUAUUAUUGGUGUGCAUUCUGUCUUCCGUAAUGAGAUUCAUGAACUUUUAGAUGUAAUUAUAGCAGAUCUGGAUGGUGGUACAAUUAAAAUUCCCGAAUGUAUUCAUCUCUCCCAGCUCCCCGAACCACUACUCCACCAGACUCAAACUGCCCUCUCUCUAGUUUUACAUCCAGAUUUGGAAACAGCAGAUUAUGCAUUUCCUCCUCCUCGAACAGCUCUGUCACAUUCCAAAAUGUUGGAUAAAGAAGUGCGAGGUGUCUUUCUUCGGUUAUUUGCACAGCUUUUCCAAGGAUAUAGAUCUUGUCUUCAGCUAAUCAGGAUUCAUUCAGAACCUGUCAUAAACUUUCACAAGGCAGCCUUUUUGGGCCAGAGAGGCUUGAUUGAGAAUGAUUUUCUUACCAAAAUUCUGAAUGGAAUGGCAUUUGCUGGUUUUGUGUCAGAGAGAGGUCCUCCAUACAGAUCCUGUGAUCUCUUUGAUGAGUUGGUAGCAUUUGAAGUAGAGAGAAUUAAAUCUGAGGAGAGCAAUUCAUCAAAAAUGUUAAAGCAUGUCAGAGAACUUGCAGACCAGCUGUUCAAAAAUGAGAAUCCAAAUCCUCACAUGGCAUUCCAGAAAGUUCCACGACCUACGGAAGGAUCUCAUCUGAGAGUUCAUAUACUUCCUUUCCCCAAGAUUAAUGAGAAUCAGGUUCAGGAUCUAAUCCAGGAAAGUUUGGUUAAGAACCAAAGUGCACCACCUGCUUCUCGUGUGGAAAGGAAAUGUGUUGUUCCUGCUGGCCCACCUGUCGUUUCCAUAGUAGAAAAGUCAAGUACGGUUUUCAACAGUGCACAAAGGCUGGAAGUUGUUAGAAACUGCAUCUCUUUUAUAUUUGAAAAUAAAAUUUUGGAGACUGAAAAGACUCUGCCUGCUGCACUGAGAGCCCUAAAAGGAAAAGCAGCACGGCAAUGUUUGACACAGGAACUAAGCCUCCAUGUUCAACAAAAUCGAGCUAUACUGGAUCAUCAGCAGUUCGAUUACAUUGUACGGAUGAUGAACUGUACUUUGCAGGAUUGUUCAACGUCAGAAGAAUACAACAUUGCUGCAGCACUGCUGCCACUAACAACUGCUUUUUAUAGGAAACUAGCUCCUGGAGUCAGUCAGUUUGUUUACACCUGUGUUCAAGAUCAUCCAAUAUGGGCUAACCAGCAGUUCUGGGAAACAAACUUUUACAGUGAUGUGGAAAAUCAAAUUCGUUCACUCUAUCUUUCAGCUAAGGAAGACAAUCAUCCACAACACUUAAAGCAGAAAGAGAAGAAUUCUGAUGCCCAGGCCCAAGAAAAGACUGCCAUGGACUUGGCUGCUGAGCAGAUGCGUCUGUGGCCAACACUUAGUAAAGAGACUCAACAGCAACUAGUACAAAGUGAAGAAAGUAUGGUUUUCAGUCAGGCAAUUCAUUUUGCUAACCUCAUGGUAUACCUGCUGGUGCCACUGGACACCAGUAAAAACAAACUCCUAAGAACUUCAGCAACGGGAGACUGGGAGAGUGGAAGCAAUAGCAUUGUCACAAAUAGCAUUGCAGGCAGUGUUGCUGAGAGUUAUGAUACUGAAAGUGGUUUUGAGGAUUCUGAGAACAAUGACAUUGCCAAUGCUGUCAUACGCUUCAUUACUAGGUUCAUAGACAAGGUUUGUACAGAAAGUGGAGUUACACAGGAUCACAUCAGGAGUCUUCAUUGUAUGAUACCAGGAAUUGUAGCAAUGCACAUUGAGACUCUGGAGGCUGUUCAUCGAGAAAGUAGAAGGUUGCCACCAAUUCAGAAGCCCAAGAUUCUACGACCAGCUUUGCUACCAGGGGAAGAGUUUGUGUGUGAAGGUCUCCGUGUGCUUCUGGAUCCUGAUGGCCGAGAGGAGGCAACUGGAGGAUUGCUUGGAGGCCCUCACAUUCUCCCUGCAGAAGGAGCUUUGUUCCUUACUACGUACAGAGUUAUUUUUAAAGGCACACCUCAUGAUCAACUAGUGGGAGAACAAACUGUUAUUCGGAGCGUUCCCAUUGCCUCAAUAACUAAGGAGAAGAAAAUUACCAUCCAGAACCAGCUUCAACAAAGCAUGCAGGAAGGGCUACAAAUUACCUCUGCUGUGUUUCAGCUGAUUAAGGUAGCUUUUGAUGAAGAAGUGGGCCCUGAAGUUGUAGAGAUAUUUAAGAAACAGCUAAUGAAGUUUCGCUACCCCCAGUCCAUCUUUAGCACUUUUGCUUUUGCAGCUGGUCAGACUGCACCUCAGAUAAUCUUACCAAAGCAAAAAGAAAAGAACACUUCCUUUCGCACUCUUUCAAAAACAAUUGUAAAAGGAGCAAAACGUGCAGGGAAGAUGACAAUUGGCCGACAGUACCUACUAAAGAAGAAAACGGGGACAAUUGUAGAAGAAAGAGUGAAUCGUCCUGGGUGGAAUGAGGAGGAUGAUCUAUCAGUUUCAGAUGACAGUGAAAUGCACACUAGUGCUACUUUGAAAGCAUCAGAGAAAUCAACUAUGGAGCAGCUAGUGGAAAGAGCUUGUUUUAGAGAUUAUCAACGCUUGGGAUUGGGAACUAUCAGUAAUAGCUCUUCUCGCUCAAAAACAGAGUACUUUCGAAUAACGGCCUUGAACAGGAUGUAUUCUCUUUGCAGAAGCUAUCCAGGGCUACUGGUGGUACCUCAGUGUGUGCAGGACAGCAGCCUGCAGAGAGUAGCUCGCUGUUACAGGCACAAUCGCUUGCCAGUAGUCUGUUGGAAAAACUCAAAAACCAGCACACUUCUGCUUCGAGCUGGUGGCUUUCAUGGCAAAGGAGUUGUUGGCCUUUUCAAAUCUCAAAAUACACAAACAUCAGCUCCUACAUCACUAGAAUCAUCAAACAGCAUAGAACAAGAAAAAUACCUUCAAGCCUUACUGAAUGCAAUUUCUGUCCAUUGUAAAAUGAAUGGCAAUACUCUCACUGUCAGGCCAGCAAUUGCUUUGUCUCCAGGCACUGAAAGGAGGGCUUCAAGAAUGUCCACUGUGUUUAAGCAGGUAGUGCCAGGACAGUUGGAUGUAAAUCUAUCCAAUAGCUUUGCCCGAGGAGGUGUGUGGGCAAGUCUUCGUUCUAGCAGUCGGUUUAUCAGCACUCAAAUGCCACUCCUCGAUGUGGGUGCAAGAUUAGCAGGGAAAGAUGGUUCACCUUCAUAUACCAGCAGUAGUGCAUAUUUUCAAAACCGGCUUCUGAAACGCCAGGCUGCCCUCUACAUAUUUGGAGAAAAAUCUCAACUAAGGAGCUUCAAACUUGAUUUUGCUUUAAAUUGUGAAUUUGUUCCGGUCGAGUUCAGUGACAUCCGGCAAGUGAAAGCUAGUUUUAAAAAGCUCAUGAGUGCUUGUGUCCCUAGCAAUAUUCCUGCAGAUUCUGAAAUAACAUUCCUUAAAGCGCUCGGAGAAUCAGAGUGGUUCCCACAGCUUCACAGAAUAAUGCAGUUGGGUGUGGUUAUAUCGGAGUUGCUUGAGAAUGGUUCUUCAGUUUUGGUUUGUCUGGAAGAUGGCUGGGAUAUCACAGCACAGGUGGUGUCUCUCGUGCAAUUACUCAGUGAUCCGUUCUAUCGAACACUUGAAGGUUUCAGAAUGCUAGUGGAAAAAGAAUGGCUGUCCUUUGGUCAUAAGUUCAGCCAGCGCAGUAAUUUGACUCUCAAUUGCCAGGGGAGUGGAUUUGCUCCUGUCUUUUUGCAAUUCUUGGAUUGUGUUCACCAGAUUCACAACCAGUAUCCAACAGAGUUUGAAUUCAAUCAGUAUUACCUGAAGUUUGUAGCCUUUCACUAUGUUUCCAAUCGAUUUAAAACAUUCUUGCUGGACUCAGACUAUGAAAGACUGGAACAUGGAACACUGUUUGAAGAUAAAGGAGAGAAACAUGGCAAGAAGGGAAUUUGCAUGUGGGAAUGUAUAGACAAAAUUCACAAAAGAAGUCCUGUCUUCUUCAAUUACCUCUAUGCACCAGUUGAAACAGAGGCAUUAAAACCAAAUGUAAACAUAUCCAGUCUUAAAAAGUGGGAUUACUACACAGAGGAGACUUUGGCUACUGGUCCUUCUUAUGACUGGGCCAUGGUAACUGCAAAAUGUAGUACCUUGGAUGAACCUGACCAAAUGGACAUGUCACCUUCCCACAGUAAGAGGAAAAUUGUCUGGCCAUGUUAUGACAACAUUAGCAAAGUGCAGCCAGAUGCCAUCACCAGCCUAUUAAAUGAAAUCGAAAGAUUGGAGAACAAGUUAAAUCAAAGCCCAGAAAGGUGGCAGCCAUUGUGGGAAAAAGUCAAAGUAAAUGUGAAAGAAGAUACAAGGCAGGACAAUCAUCGGAGACAUCCUUCUGGCUCAUCAUCAAUAAUGUCUGCCAAUCUGCAUUCUUAUCAAAAGAGGUCUUUGUUACACCUACCAGACAGUGGAUUGGGUGAAGAACAGAACACCAACAUCUCACCCUCCAAUGGUGUGGAAAGGAGAGUAACUACGUUGUACAAUCAGUUCACAUCAAAGAAUGAUGAAAAUAGAUCAUUUGAAGGUACACUUUACAAAAGAGGAGCUUUGUUGAAAGGCUGGAAACCUCGUUGGUUUGUGCUAGAUGUUACCAAACACCAACUAAGAUAUUAUGAUUCUGUUGAGGAUGCAUGCUGCAAGGGCCAUAUUGAUCUUGCAGAAGUAGAAAGUGUGAUACCUGCUUCACCUACUAUGGGUGCUCCAAAGCAUGCGAAUGAGAGAGCAUUCUUUGAUCUGAAGACAAGUAAGCGUGUAUAUAAUUUCUGUGCCCAAGAUGCACAAAGUGCCCAGCAGUGGAUGGACCGAAUACAGAGCUGUAUUUCAGAUGCAUAAUUAGGAAUUUUGCUUUGCUGCCAACAGCAGAAAGGAAAU